CUGUGAAACUGAACUUGGCACCUGGUUGUCUGCAAUAAUAACAAACAAAUAAUUUGAUUAUUUAUUAGUCUUAUAAAACAAAAAAAUAUAUAUGUCAGUAGCGCAUAUUCCGAAGGUUAAAAUAUAAAUAAUUAACUAUCAAUAAACCUCAGUCAUAAAUAAAUAAUUCAAAAAAUGAACAAAGAAAAAUCAAUUGAAAUCCAAAAACAAGUGCGCGAUAAUUCGUCCGAUUUGCAGAGCGAAUUUUUGGAUAUGAAAAAUUGGGAAGAGCAAAUGAAAAAAAAAGACGAAUUAAUUUGUUCCACUGAUGACACUUGUCAGGUAUUGCCGCCAGUGAGAAAGAAAAAAAGUUCAAGAAUAAAAUCGAAGACUAAAGAAAAUGGCACGAAAGCUAAAAGAAUAAAAGCACAUGAUUAUUCAGCCUGGGAUAAUUUUGAUGCGGAUAAGGCCUGCGAAGAAAUAGACAAAGAAAAUGAAUCUGAAGAUUCUGGUGACGAAGUAUUCAGCAAAGAGGAACUAGAAAAAAAACAUGAAGAAGCGACAGUUCAAAAAGUACUUGGUAAUAAAUAUGUUACGGAAAAAAAAUGGCACGAAGCAAUGGCAUGUUACAAUGAAGCCAUUAAAAUAUUUCCAUAUGACGCAGUAUUUUAUGCGAAUCGCGCGCUCUGUCAUUUGAAAAUAGACAAUUUGUAUUCAGCAGAAUCAGACUGUACUGCAGCAAUACAACGCGACGAGCACUACGUCAAAGCUUAUCAUAGACGAGCUACAGCCAGGAUGGCAUUGAAACAGUACGCAGAAGCUAUUAGUGACUUAAAAAUAUUAUUGGGGCUAGAAAAUAAUAAUAAAGAAGCUAAAAAAAUGCUGGAGACCGCGUUGAAGUGUCAAAGUAAUUUGGAAACAAGACCUAUCGCCACUUCAACGCUCGCUGAUUCUCCGCUGACAGAUAAAAAAAAUAAUCAAGACAAUAUUGAUGACGCAAAAGUAAUUAAAAAUAAAAUUACUGACGGUACUAAGGGAGAAGGCAAAAAAGUAAAAAUCGGAGAUGAAAAAAUAGAAAACAAAAUUGAAGAAGUGGAAAAUAAAAGUAAAGAAUUAAAAUUAACAGAAUCUGCGGACGUAAAAAAUGAUAAAUUUCGUCAAUGGCUACCGAUUAUUGACGAAAAUGUAGAUGUAGUCAAGCCUAUCACCAAAUUACCUCAUCAAAGAAUUAAGAAACCGCUUAAAUUAAUUCCCGUAACUGUAACUGAUUUUACUAAAUGGUCGAACGUUGAUCCAGAGACGGAGAAAUGUUGCAAAGUAUCCAAGGAUACAAAGUCGUCAGUACAAGACGUAGCUGCUGAUAAGAAUAAAAAUACCGGUACUGGUACUGGUACUGUUAAUAUUGAAAGUAUAAAAGAUGAAAGUGAUGAUGUUAUUCCAGCGGUCCCGCGUACUUCUGUUCAAUUUUGCAUCACCUGGCGCAAACAUAAAUCACCGGAAUUCCGAUACAAAUAUUUGAAACAGUUGCCUCCAGACAGUAUUCCCAAGUUAUUUAAAGACUCUAUGGAAUCAGAUACAUUCAGCGAAAUAAUAACGACUCUAAAAACAAAUUUUAUUGCUAAUAAUGAUCCAGUUUAUGAUUAUCUGAAAUACUUGAGUGAAAUAAAACGAUUUAGGACACUGACGAUGUUUUUAAGUAAACAAGAAAAAGAGGAUCUAACAACUUUAUUCAAUUACUGCAAGUCAAUUGAAGGCCACACCGACACAAUUACUGACCUGCGUAAAAAAUACGAACUCUAAUAAUCACUACAUUUAUUUUUUUUUUUUUCUUUCCCUUUAAAUUAAAAAUCUAAACUAAAUUUAAAAA